AUGGUGACCGUCAGCAAGUCGCACUCGGGCGCUGAGCAUGUUCCCCUUCCUACCUCCCCCGAGCCGGGUUCCAACUCCCCGCCCUCGAAACGAGAUUUGGCCUCAUGGUGGAAACAGUUCAAGCGGAGUACUAGGAAGGAUGACCUAAAAGAACCUCCCCGUGGAAUCUUCGGCAUUCCACUCAAUGUCAGCAUCAAGUAUGCGAAUGUGGCUAUCUCCUUGACAAACGACCACGGCGAAAGCUUCAUUUAUGGCUAUGUACCGAUUGUCGUCGCCAAAUGUGGCGUUUUUCUCAAAGAGAAAGCAACCGACGUGGAGGGCAUUUUUCGCCUGAACGGAUCCGCCAAACGCAUCAAGGACCUCCAGGAGGUCUUUGAUUCCCCCGAGCGCUACGGAAAAGGAUUAGACUGGUCCGGCUAUACAGUUCACGAUGCCGCAAAUGUGCUUCGCCGAUACUUGAACCAGCUUCCGGAGCCCAUCGUGCCUUUGGAAUUCUACGAACGCUUCCGCGAGCCGCUGCGAAUCUAUCAGAGACAAGUGCAGGGGGACAAGGAAACACCAGAUGCGGAGAAGUUCGACCACGCAAAAGCCGUGGAGACUUAUCAACGACUCAUCAUCGAACUCCCUCCGUUGAAUAAACAAUUGCUGCUCUACAUUCUCGAUCUUCUUGCGGUCUUUGCUUCCAAGUCGGAUCAAAACCGUAUGCCAUCGGGCAAUCUCUCGGCAAUCUUCCAGCCCGGCAUGCUGUCGCACCCCCAGCACGAUAUGUCGCCCGAGGAGUACAAAUUGAGCCAGGAUGUUUUGAUUUUCCUGAUCGAGAACCAGGAUCAUUUCCUCUUCGGCAUGAGCGGCACGGCGGCCGACGAGCAGACCAUGAAGGAAGUUGAAGCCGGAAUUCCCUCGCGCCCGUCCCAUUCAACCGUCCGACGAUCGGUUUCCAAUGCCAGUGCCAACACCGAAAGCCAUCGCAAGCUGGACAAUCUUCGAAGGAAUGUCUCCGUUUCCUCUCGCAACUCUCGCCACUCGAACAACGCUCCCAGCCCUGUGGGGACCCCUACAUCAAUGACUGGUGGCGGCGGUGGUGUUCACCGAAGCAAUACUCUUCCAUCCAAGAUGGGACCCGUUCUUACCUCUGCGCGCUAUGCCCGGGCCAACGAGACUGCUGCCAGCAACCCCUCUGGGCUAGUUGUUUCUCACCAGAGCUCUCGAUCUACCAGCCGUACACCCUCGGUUCGUGAGGAACCUGAGCCCACGCCUGAACAAAAGCCCGUGGAACAACCUGUGGCACAACCUGUGGCACAACCUGUGGCACAACCUGCGACACAACCUGCGACACAGCAGGAGGAGCGGAAACCUAGUCAACCCACUUCCGUCUCACCUCCUGGAGGCAAUGCUUAUGUUCAUACAACAACCCACGGCCCCGUACCCCCGGCAACUGCGGAGCGUCUGAGUCUCAGCGAGGCCCCAAGAUCUCAGGAGAAUCUGCAAACCCCCGUUUCUCCGCCCCCAGCAGUUGUCACCCCCAGCCGUGAACGCAAGCUUUCGAAUUUCUUCACCAAAUCCCCACCCCCGGAGACCGAGAAAGAGCCCCGACAGCCAAACAGGUUGAGAAAGAAGCGGAUUCCUGGUAGCGCAAGCAUCAGCGCCCAAAGUUCGACCAACUCCCUUCAUGGCCACAGCUUUGAUCACAGUGCAGACCUCGAGCCGAAGCAUGAGAACCAGCCAGUUGAUGCUACCAUUGGUGAUACUACUCCCAGGCCACCCACUUCCGCCACGCUUGCCAAUCGAGACAAUCCGACCGACUCACACCUUGCUUUGGUAGAGGGCAAUCUCCAACAUCAUGAUAAUUCCCUCAAACCCCACCAAUCACGCACACCCUCAAUGAACUCUCGCUCUUCUUUCACUGACCAGUCCGAUCUGGAUCAGCCCGAUGACGCUUCUCGUCAAGAGCGUCGAGAAAACCGGCGGAGUUGGCGGUUCCCGCGAUCAUCAAAACGCACCAGUGAACAACUUGGCCUUGGUCUCGCCUCUCCGCCCCUGGUAGCAACCCACCCUGGCGCCGGGAUGAGCACCAGUUCAAUUGGAAGUGGACAAAACCUUGUCUCAGAUCCCCCCAGUCAGCCACUAAGCUUGGAUGCUGGCAUCCAGCCCAGUACCUCUGCUGGAUCGGAUGGCGAGAAGAAGAGUUUGUUCGGAAAAUUCAGGGCCAAGGUUGCCCAAGUUCGAGACGGUGUCAAGGAUGAGCGUGAACGCACAAAGAGCCCAACCCGAUCGGAUACUGAUCCUUCGCUUAUCAGUCAACCAUUGUCUCCCGUCGCCGCUGCAACCCCCGAACCAACAAACAGCAAGCCUGCUUCGAUUGAAGUACCACGAGAACAGCCUAAAGAGGAGCCUGUUCGAUCGCCUGUGUCCCCGCUACCUGGUGCCGGUCUCCCACCCCCAAUCCCAGAGGAGCCGCAUAGUCCAGUGGCGACGAUGGCUGCGCCAGUCGAAAAGUUCGAAUCCGCUCAAUUACCCGGCAGUGAAUCUGUGUCUGUUCCUGAGUCCACGAUACCUCAGGAGGCCCCGAAAGAGGCAGCUGGACCGUCUUCAUCGACCGCCUAG